ACAAAACACAUUUGAAUGACUAAUUGGUUUAUUUAAGUGUAUAGUUAAGUUGCUAAAAGAUUGCAAGUAAACUUGGAUUGUACUAAAAAUAGACCAAAAGGAUUCAAAAUGGUAGAGAGCCGGCUCUUAGAAGCUGCAGCCGGCUCUGGUGAAAUGGAAGUGCAGAGAGCUGGCUCUGGAAGCUGCAGCCGGCUUUACGGGCAAAAAUUUGAAGAACUCGGAGUUGCAAAGUCUGCUCAAAGUUUUGCAGCCGGCUCUCGAGAAAAACAGAAUGUGCUGCAAACCCGGAUAGCCGGCUCUGAAAGUGUGAGCCGGCUCUGUAAAGGUAAGCCGGCUCUCCUGACAAUUCUGCAGCUCGAGGUUUGCGUCCUGCAGAGCAUUUAAUGACCCCCAAUGGCUAGUAACGGCUAUUUUCGAGCAAGGGGCUAUAAAUAUAGUUGGUAACAGAUCUGAAGAAGUUUAGAGAGCAUUGUAUUGAAUAUCUUUAUGAGCUUUAACUUGAGUUUUUGAUCUUUGAGAGAUUUUUGUUUGUAAUCCUCUUCUUGUGCUAUUAGUGAGUGAUCUUGGGGAUGUGUUGAUUCCUUCAAGAGUGAUUUGUAGAGAGGAUCUUUGGGGUUAAAGUGUAAAGGAGUGAGAUUUGAGAGAAACCCUUCUUCUUGUAAAUGAUUGAGUGGCUCCUUUAAGCCACCAUUGUUUUUGCUAGUGGAGAGUGUGGAGGAAAUUCUUGGUGAGUGAAGCCAAGGUAAAGGACUAGGUUCCAAGUGGUUGGACCGAACCUCUAUAAAAUCAUUGUGCUAUC